AGCCUCUCCUACCAAAAAAAAAAAAAACAAAGUUAGCCUCCAGUUUAUCCAAAUACUUGUCUCUUCUAUAUUUCUUUGCCCAAACUGGUCCUAAAACUCCCUUAAUAGCCCAGUAAUCUGACACUAUCAUGAAAUAGCUCGGCCCUCAAUAGUCAUCAAAUUCUCUACGAGAUGGAGAAAUGGAGAGCUGCUGACCGUCUGCUCAAAUUCUCUAGCAGGUUCGCUUCAGCGGUUAAUUGGAACAAUAGCUGUAAAAGCAAACAGGGGAAAUAUUUUUAUUCAGUGGCCACAACAGUGCACAGAAAUCCCUUGUUUUCUAGCAUUAGCCCUGAUGAUAUCAGCUAUUUCAAGACCAUAUUAGGGGAGAGAGGUGUUGUUCAGGAUGCAUUGGCACUGGAUGCUGCAAAUACUGAUUGGAUGGGCAAGUACAGAGGCUCGAGCAAGCUUCUGCUUCAGCCUAAGAACACUGAAGAAGUUUCACAGAUUCUUAAAUACUGUAAUUCCAGGCGCUUGGCUGUUGUUCCCCAAGGUGGAAACACAGGUCUUGUGGGUGGAAGUGUACCUGUUUUUGAUGAGGUGAUCAUCAAUGUUGGUUUAAUGAGGAACAUCCUUUCUUUUGACAAGGUCAGUGGUGUCCUGGUUUGUGAAGCAGGAUGCAUAUUGGAAAACUUGAUUUCUUUCCUAGAUGAUGAAGGAUUUAUUAUGCCACUAGAUUUAGGAGCCAAAGGUAGCUGUCAAAUUGGAGGAAAUGUAUCAACUAAUGCUGGUGGGCUACGUCUUCUGCGGUAUGGUUCACUACAUGGCAGUGUACUUGGUCUUGAAGCAGUUUUGGCAAAUGGUACUGUGCUCGACAUGCUUGGGACUUUAAGAAAAGACAAUACUGGAUAUGACCUUAAGCACCUAUUUAUAGGAAGUGAAGGAUCUUUGGGAAUUGUUACAAAGGUUUCAAUUCUUACCCCUCCAAAGUUGUCAUCUGUCAAUAUAGCUUUUCUUGCUUGCGAAGAUUACACCAGCUGCCAGAAACUUCUGUUGGAAGCAAAAAAGAAGCUUGGAGGAAUUCUUUCUGCAUUUGAGUUUCUUGAUUCUGAUGCAAUGAGUUUGGUUAGUUCCACAACUUUUUUGGGAACUGAAAAUCACGGACGAGAAGUGAUAAAAGAUAAAUACGGGCAGGAUUUCACCUGCAUUGAUCUCAGGGCAUUGCCCCUUGAGUUCUGGGAGAACCUUGAGGCCUUCCUUCUUCAUUCAGUGGAAAGUGGUUUGGUAGCCAAUGGAGUUCUUGCUCAAGAUAUCAAUCAAGCAUCCUCAUUUUGGCAUAUUCGUGAGGGUUUACCUGAAGCUCUCAUGAAAGCAGGGGCUGUGUACAAAUAUGAUUUGUCACUGCCUCUUGAAAAGAUGUAUGAUCUUGUUGAGGAAAUGCGAGUGCAAAUUGGUCCUGCAGCCACAGUAGUGGCAUAUGGUCACCUUGGGGAUGGAAACUUACAUCUAAAUAUCUCAGCUCCAGCGUAUGAUGAUAAUAUUUUGGCAAAAAUUGAGCCCUUCGUGUAUGAAUGGACAUCAAAGAACCGUGGGAGUAUUAGUGCUGAGCAUGGUCUUGGAUUGAUGAAAGCUGCUAAAAUCCACUACAGCAAGUCACCUGAAACUGUGCAAGUAAUGGCUUCCAUCAAGAAGCUGCUUGACCCCAAUGGUAUACUCAACCCGUACAAAGUUCUUCCAUCGAGCCUCUUUUCUCAAAAUUAAGGAAAUAAACUGAUGACUGCAAGUGUCCAAUUUUUCAGCUCAGGAAUUUUUGUGCAAAGUAACUUGGGCCGUCCUUAAAAGAUUGUGAUGACCAUACCGUAUACUGUUGGUUGUUCAUUUGUCUUCCAGUCUCAGUGAGAAUGCCAUUUCUACCGUUCGCUUGCUGUACAAGAACAUACCAUGACUAACAUGUUUUGUAGGGACGAUGAUUAACCAUGAUCCAGUACCUAAAUGCGGUCAUAAUUGUCACGUAAUGAGUAACUUAUCAUCAUUGUUUAUUGAUUAUUUACUGAUUUAAGACAGGUCAAGAUCGGAAUAGGCAUGAACUUUGAUUCUGCAACCGCUAGAUGCUUUCCAGAGUCUAGUUUUCUUGGUGGGGGCAGUCAUAAAAUUGAAAUGAUGCAAAGGAUAUGCUUAAUCCUCCUUGUGUUGAAACUGAAAUCCUGUCCUAGCAAGUUAAUUACCUUGGAGGAUACGUCAGUGGGUAAUCUGAUUCCUUCCUAUUGACAGCGUCCAAAGCAAAUAGCUAAUAAAGUGUUUGCUUUAGAUCACUUUUGACAUAUUUUUCCCUUUGUUCGUUUGACAAAUUGUUUUCUAGAAGUAGAUCUCGAGUCUUUUUGCCGACUUGGUCGACGAAAAAUGCAGAUUGACAGGCCUGAGAAGAGCCAAAUACAGAAAACUAUUCCAGGGGAAGAUAUCGUGCUUACGAAGCCACUCGAUACUUUGAUGGUGCCUCGCAAGGAGACGUGUCGUUUACUUUGGACCAGUGAGAAACUAUGCAAUGAACUUGGCGUCGGUUAGAAACGAAGACCGGUGACUAGAAUUUAGGAAACCGACUCGCAUUACGUGAGCUGAGGGGCAAUUCUGACUAUAGAUUAAGGAUUCAAAUCUCUCUCUGCAGCAGUGUGCAAUAGUGUAUUCCUUUGGAUAAAAACUAAUAAUUGACCGGAAAAUGACAAUCGUUUUCCUGUUUAGGGAUUCAAAUUUUUUCCUUUUCCGUUUGUUGUAAAUAUGUAGCAUGAAAAUGUU